AUGCGCACGCGGCCCGCGUUCGGGCGGUGCGACUGCGCCGGUAGCGACCGCGGGUGGGAGGUCGCCGGAGGGUACACCUCCGAGGCGUCUCACGUGAGAAGGAGCCCAACCCCGGACGGGAACUCCCUCCUCGGCGGCGUCGCCCAGCUGUGCCACGCGUUCUUCCACUGCUCCCCGACCCCGGAGCUGUCGUCGCACCCCGACGAGCUGUGCCUGCGCGUCGCGUGCGACCCGGCGGGGCGAAAGUGCGAGACCAAGGGCGUGGUGGUCGUCGCCGCGCUGCGGGAUCGAGCCGGGGACCUCAGGUUCCUCUCCAGGUACUCCAACUGCCCGCUCUCGUCCCACGCCGAGGAGUACGUCGUCCGCGACGAGGAGCUCGUCCGAGCGGUCAUGGAGAUGGCACCCGAGGACGACGCGCGAUCGUCCACCAAAACCCCGGGCUCGGCGGGCACGCUCACGCUGUACCAGCGCCUGCAGCCGUGCCACGGAAGCUCCGACAACCGAGGACCGCUCUGGAGCUGCUCGGACGCGCUCGUCGCCGGGCUCCACCGCGAGCUGCUCGGGCCCCGGGGGGUGUCGCUGCGCGUGGCGGUGAGCUACACGUACAGGGCGCACUGGGACGUGCGGGGGUUCGAAUCCGAGCGCGAGCGAAGGUGGUGGGGUCCGAAGGUGGAGGCGGCUCGAGAGGGCAUACGGGUCUUCGCCGCCGCAGCGAAGGACGGGGUGACGCUCGAAGCGCUGAACGCGGAAGACUGGGCGUUUCUCGUCAGCCUGUGCGACGAAGACGUGGCCAGGGACUACGCGGCGGCGUUCGGUGAAGGGGGCGAGGGUUUUGGGUCGAAAGGGUGCGGCGUGUUCACGGCGCCGGCGGUUGCGCACAGGCGAGCGAUGGACGAGUUCGUCGCCGAGCAGAUUCGGAGGCACUCGGCGUCGGGGCCGACGAACGGGCGCGCCACGAACGCCGCCGGUUAG